AGCACCACAGAAAAGAAAAGCAGCUGAGUUUUUUCUCCGUGUUGGUACCGAAGUGCACGAUCACGCGACGCGCUUUCUUUCCCGCUGUCGUCUCCUCCUGUAACUCGAAUCACCAUGCAGCCAUCGCACACGCCCCCGACGGCGCCACCCGCCGUGCCGGUCUCGCUGCCGAAGAAGACGCCUAUCGACGUGUCGGCGCUGAAGCUGAAGAUGUCGCCCACCAUCCUCGCCACGCUGGCAGCCGCCGGUGUGAAGGCACCGCACCCCCGCCCCACUGACGCCGCUGCAGAGGAAGAUGCACUGCUUGGGUUGAAGCCUGCGGCGGCGGUGGCCGCGCCUCCGCCGAAGGUGCGCAAGGUGGAGCGGGCGCCCUCCUCUUCCUCCUCGUCGUCGGCGUCGUCGUCCUCGUCGGAUGAGGACUCCAGCAGCGAUGCCAGCUCCGACUCCGACUCCGACUCCUCGGAUGACCGCUCCUCCUCUUCCUCCGCUUCAGCCGUGUCCUCGGAGGAGUCGGAGAAGGAGUCGACGCUGUUCGACAUCGCGCGGUCGCAGGGGUUGGUGAACAAAGACGUUCUUUCGCAGGUGGAGGAGGAGGACACGGCAUCGCUGGUGCCGCCGCGUCCGCCGGUUAUUCGCUCCUUCCCCACCGACAUUGAGAAGACGCUGUCCCGCUACCGGGAGCGCUUGAACCGCGAGGAGAACCUCAUCCGCAUCAAGGAUGACAACAAGUCGGUGUCGUUGGGCACCAGCAAGAUUAACUACAUCGACCCCCGCAUCGUGUGCUCGUGGGCGAAGGCGCAGGAUGUGCCGAUCAACAAGAUUUUCUCUUCUACUAUCAUCAAGAAGUUUCCGUGGGCCAUGAAUGCAGAGAAUUUUGAUUUCUAA